AUGAAAUGUCUCGCCACAUUCGUGGCCUUAUGUGCCCUGGCUUGGACUUGGGCAUGUGAUGCUUCGGGGUGUGCCAUGGAGAGUGAGGAAACCAUCCUAAUGCAGAAGAAGGCAUCGGAAACAAUCGCUUCCGAGCACUCCCCGCAUCGCGAUCCAUGGCAGCACUGGCUCCACCGUCAGAAAGAGCGUCGCGAACGUUGGCUGCAGCGUUGGCGGUGGCGCCAGCAAAUGCGUGGGCUCCACCGCCGCCGUCGCCACCACCGUCGCAGACGGACCACCACCAGCACGACCACGACCACCACGACCACCACGACCACCACGACCACCACGACCACCACGACCACCACGACCACCACGACCACCACGACCACCACGACCACCACGACCACCACCACCACCACGACCACCACGACCACCACGACCACCACGACUACCACCACCACCACCACGACCACCACCACGACGACCACCACCACGACCACCCUGACUCCGGUUUGGGUCGCCAUGUUUCUCAACAAUGAUUGCAGCGGCCCGCCCGAUCUCCGAGUGGACCUUGCCAAUUCCGUGGCGCCGAAUUGUCAUCAGUGCUGGGAUCGUUGCCAGGAAGGCAGCAGCGGUUUCAGAUCAUUCAUUCUUGAAAGUCCUGGAAAAGCUGCAAUUUCUUGGGACUGUGUCGGCUUUUCCGACUCCUAUCCCAACACCGGCUUCGAGAUUGGCCGUACAUUCACCUCAGCCGCUUGCCACAAUCCUGGCGGAGGAGCAACUGUGGCGCUUUGCGACGCUGCAGUCUUUGGCACGGCAAGGUACAACACCCAGCUCGCAAAUAUUUGCGCUUGA